AGCAGUUCACGCAGGCAGUUUUCUGAUUGCCUUGGUGCAAUACGGAAGUUCUUAACCUCUAACGAAAAUGAGCCUUCCGCUUUCUAUUGGAAAAGUUGGAUUGAUCGUUUUCUUCAUUUGUCUCAUUCAGGUUGAAGCCGCGGUCUUGAAAGAUGAAGAGGGUGAAAUUGAUGAAGUCGGCCAGUGCCCCAACAGCUACAUCAACAAAGAUAUGAGUUGGUUCAGACAGAACGCUCAAACUUUGCUCUUCAUGGAACAUCUCCAACAGCGAGCCAUUCAGGAAAAUCUCUUUGAUUGGUCCAAAGAGCAAACAUCGGAAAAAUACCGAAAGCAACUCCGCAAUCUGGAAGAUCAGUUUGUAAUGCCGGAAGAAGUCCCCGACGAUUGCUACGAAAGGAUGCCCAUCCCGCAGAAGAUUGCCCAACGGAUUUCCUUCCUGGAAGACCGACUGGAAGGUUGCGGAGCUGCCCAGCAGCUGCCGCAGCCCUGCGCUUACGGCGAACCAGUCGUUGGCGGAUACGGAUCAGGUUUAGUUUUUCGUCGUUUAUCCGUCAUCCAAGCGGAAUUAAUGCGACAAAGAAACGUCAUUCGCUUCAUGAGAACGCGUUUGAUGGACAUCAAUCGUCAGUGCGAAGAUUUCAUGGCUGCUGUUCCUGAGAGAACCAAUUUCUUGGACGACUGCUCCGGUGGAGUUGUAGAAGCAAAAGAGACUUCGUGCAUGACCGGACCUCCCGGACCACCAGGACCUGAAGGACCGCCUGGCCCAAUUGGAGUUGAGGGUCCCCCAGGACCACAAGGACUUCCUGGUUUGAACGGUUUACCUGGUGAAAUGGGACUGACAGGAGAGCCAGGUACUCCAAGCGAAUGCAGUUCCCCAUGUGGGCAAACUUUUCAACCUUUCCAACCCAUCCAACAGCCUAUGAUGUCAUUUCAGAAUCCUCCGCCAUUGUGCAGUCAACCCCCGUGCAGUCCACCCAAAACGAACACGUUCUAUCCAUAUCCCUGCAAAAACCAACUCGACUGUCCAUCCUUGUACCCCUUUCAAAAUCCUUACGUAUUGAGACCUUCUUAUGCUCCUGCGUGGCCUUCCUAUCCUUCGUACGAUCCAUCAAAUCGUUAUAAUUCCCCUCAACAGUCUACCAUCACGACACCUGCUCCGCUAAAAGGUUCACUGGAAAUCGCAGAAACGAUCGAAAGCGUUUAAAAGUGUUUUAAUGCAACCUUCUUAAAUUUUCAGUUUUGACUUGCAAGCACACUUCGUUUUACAUUAUUAAAAAAAACCAAUGGCUUUAGCCGAUUGGGAUUUUUAAACAAUGUAGCUAUGAGUUUCUUAAAAUGUAGUGGUUUUUUACAUAGCAAUAAAAUCAUUUUUCAAAAUAG